AUGAAGGUUUAUUAUAUAGCGCAGUUCAACGACAAAAUAACUGACUGCGAAGAUUUUGAUAAUAAUUUUUUUAAAUGUGAAAAUUUUGUACUAGGGUUUGUAAAGGAUACAGAUGAAAGUGGUAUCGGGCUUUCGGGGCAGAUAAACUUGUUGGAAACUGCUAUAGACGACUAUAUGGUAAAUUUAAAUAUAUACAAGGAAACUCCGGUUGGAAUGGAGUUUAUGUACAGCGUAGAAGGAAACCUAUGUGAUAAUUUUAAACAAGAGGAUAGUCCAUGGUAUCCCUUAUUAAAGACUUUUAACAAAUCCGAGUGCCCUGUGGAGCCUGAAGUAUUUAAUGUAGAACAAAUGGUCAUUUCAUUGGAUUUUGCUAAGGAUGUUCUACGUCAUGAAUAUUGUGGUUCUUAUAUUGUUGAAAUGACAACAUCAUCAAGUUCAGGAGAAGCUUUGUCCUGUCACAAUAUACCGGUGGAGAUAGUUGAGAAGAGUUGUGAUGAAUCUUAA